AUGCCUCUCGAGCAGAAAGAAUUCUCCCAUCCGCCGUUACAUCCCCCAAUUGGGACACCCGAGAACUCAGAGACAGUGAAGCCUUGGUACACCGUCGCACCUGGAAUCUGGGAACUGCAUCUAAAUGGUGAGAAGAAUUCGGAACAGAAGGCUGUUCUGCAGUGGUACGAGCCGAGUGCAGUAUCUGCCAGCGACCAGGUGAUAACCCAUGCUUAUAUCGAAGAAGUGUGCAUUCUUCAGGGAGGUCUCGAGGAUGUGACACUGGGGCAAACUUGGUCGACUGGUGCAUAUGCAUAUCGCAAUCCAGGCAUGGAGCAUGGGCCAUACAAAGCGUCGGCAUCAGGUUGCUUGAUGUUUGUUAAGGUGCUUCCUCGGAGUGGACCUAUGGAUUCACUGGAUUGA